AUGCUUAAGUGUUACAAAGUAGUUCCAAAAGACACUAAAGCAGAUUUAAGACGUUGCUUGAAGGAGAAAAGUAUUUUUAAAGUUGACUAUAAAGAUAAUGUAAGCUAUAGAAACGCUGCUAAGUGGCGAAAAAAGUCAAAUACAAACAACAGAGACACUAUGUCUUCAUCAGUUGCAACCAGUGAAAGAAGAAUAAUAACAUCAGCAAUAGCAACUCUAAUUUAUCAAGAUCAAAGUUACUUGGAAAAUGGUAUUGCAUUUGAUGAUCUUGUUUCUGCAGCUGCUUCACAAGGCUCCAAGUUUUCUAAAAAACAACUUGAAACAAUAGUUAAUAAAGAAUUAUCAUCUGGAAGUUUAGUUAAACUGCAAAAUGGUAAUUUAGCUCUAGGUCCAGCAGACCAUGAUGGUGAUAGCUCAGAUAGCUUUAAAUUUGAAUAUCACACAGAUUUUAACACAAAGAUGACAUCAUCUGCUAACUCUUCAUGCAGAUCUUCUCCUCAAAGAAUGAGGGGAAGGCCUAAGAAACGUGGUGGUAUUUCAAGUAAUGGAGCAAGCAGUAGUGCAUCUCGCAAUGCUGGUGUGCGUGUCGGCGAGCGGCGUAAAAUGGCCAAAAAAGUAUUUGAUCCGUCUGAUAAUAAUGUACCUAGUAAGAGAAAGAGGGGUAGACCAGUUGGUUCACUAAAUAAAAGUACUAUCAAGAAAAGACUAAUGAUAGCGGGCCACCAUAAGUCAGAUGCUGAAGGCACUCCACUAUCUGAAAGUCAACUAUCCUUGGAUGGAAGUGGUGAUGAAUUAGAACAAGAUGAACCAAUCUCACAUGAGACUUCAGGAGGUGUUUGUUCUGUGUGCCUAGUGCAAAAACCUCGUGGAUCUAAUGACAGACUGGUUGAGUGCCGUGAUUGUAACAACAAAGCUCAUUUAAGUUGCCUUCAAUCAGGUUCUGGUAUUUUAAAACCUAGACCUGAUAACACCUGGCAAUGUCCACAUUGUAAAACAUGUGUGGUUUGCUGUGAGACCAAUGAUGCUGGUAUUCUGACUGUAUGCAGUAUUUGCUCCGAUGCCUACCAUGCAUUAUGUCAUUCACCACGCAUUCCAGAGCGAUUAAAAGCUUGGGAUCAGUGGGAAUGCAACAACUGUUUGGAAUCUCGGCCAACAGUUGUGGGUUCACCUGCUAUAAUACGUAGAAGUGUGGAUUAUGCAGCUCAAAAUUCGCCGCCAAUAGAUCCAUUUUUAAAACCGCAUGAACUCGAUAGAGCACCAUCAAAACUUGACGAUGACAUGCCUAUAGAUCUUAGUAUUCCAGACAUUACAAAUUGGACAACUGAUGAUGUAUUUGAGUAUUUUACUAAGUAUUUACCAGAAGCUGCUCCAAUUCUUAAAGAACAGGAGUUUGACGGCCAAGCAUUAAGUAUGGCGCGACGUGCCGAUAUCGUCAGAGGCCUGGGACUCCCCCUGGGACCUGCACUAGCUUUGUAUCGUAUCAUAGUAAAAUUACAAACCAGGAAAGAUGACUGGACUAUGUGCUGGGGCUAA